GGAGCAGCAGCAGAAGCCCAGCCUCCCUCUUUGUGUGUGACGCCCACGCUGAAGCCCUGGCAGCUAUAAAAACCCCAGGCUCUCUGUGGAUGGGCCCAGACAGAUACUGAUCACACAGACUUAGUCUACUGAGAGCCCUUAUUUCUGCUGCAGACACAGCAGCUACUCAUAUCAGCAGUUUCCAUAGGAACCCUUGAUAUUCAAAGUCUGCUUCACCUCUUGGGGAAGAGGCUGGAUUGUGAAAAAGAGGCUGGAUCAGUUCUGGCCAAUAACUCUUUUUUGACUUUUUCUCUUCUUUUUUUUUGCCUCAUAGAGGAGAAAUGACUUCAGGCCGAUUUUUUUGAAAUGAAAAUGUGGCAGCACUGACAACUCUGGCUCCCCAGAUUUAGUUCCCUUAGUUUUCUUCCACCCUCUGACCUCAGCGACCAUGGUCUCUCACAGAUCCACCAAAGGAGCAUCCAAAGCCCGACGGGACCACAUCAAUUACGAGAUCAGGAAUAUGCGGGCCCUGCUGCCCAUCACCCAGGAGGACCAGGAACGCCUCUCCUACCUGCACUCCAUGGCUGCCAUCUGCACCUACAUCAGGAAGUCGGUUCUUUUCCAGGGACUCCCGACUGAGGAGACAUCACACUGCUCUCUGCCAUACGAGGCCUUUCUUGAAGCCCUGCAUGGCUUCAUCCUGGUGACCACCACCCAUGGGAGGCUGGUCUAUGUGUCCGAAAAUGUAGCUGAAUAUCUUGGUCUGUCCAUGAUUGAUGUGCUUCAAGGAGACACUUUCUAUGACAUGGUCGAACGCUCGGACGUUGAUACUGUUAAAUCAAACCUGGACAUCGAAAGCAACUUAUCAUCAGACAGGAGCUUUAUAUGUUGUAUGCAAACCUCCAAGGCCUUCAAGCUGCAGCAGGGCAGCUGCUGCUCCAUGCUGGUCAGGGGGAGCUUCCAGUCCUUCCCUCAGCUCUGUCCGUCCUCGUCUGCAGCCUCGCCGCCCGCCACCGAGCCUCUGUUUGUGGCCCUCUGCACCCCGACAGUGAACCGCCUGAGUAGCUCUGACUCGCACUUCUGUCACAGCUUCAGCAGCGUCCACAGACUCGACAUGACCUUCACUCAGCUGUCAGAGAGCGUUGUGUACUUUUUGGGGUAUUCAGCAGAUGAAAUGACCGGUCGAUCGUGGUACAGUCUCGUCCACCCUGAAGACCUUUCGUCAAGUGCAGAUUCUCACAGAAGUUUAAUGCAGACAGAUGAGGGCUUCCAGGUAGAGAUGGUGCUGAGACUGCAGCGGCAGGAUCUGACAUGGCCCUGGAUCUACAUUCGAGCUAACAAGGACUCUGAGUGUCAGAGCAUCAGCUGCACUAACUACAUCAUCAGUGAAACAGAGGCCAGAUUUCUGCGGCAGAAAAUCAGCAGCGAUGCCCUCAGGCCAUCAUCUGUGGCAAAUUCCUGCCAUUUAGCAGCUCCACAGGCGCCCCGCUGUCAGACCUACAGCAACCCUAAAUGCUUUAAAAGGCAGAGAACAUCUGACAGCCAAAGCGAGGAGCCAGGUGCCAAAGCUAGGAGGGAGUCCGAGCGAGACGUGUACUACGUGGCGCGCACCUCCUCCCAAAGCGAUAGCUCACCUUCUCCUUUGGGUGACAGCGCUGCUCUCUUCACCCCUCCCUACAGCCCAGCCUCCUCCGGCUCUCCUCUGCAGCAGGAGGAGCUCAGCCAUGACCUCCUGAUAGAUGUGCAUGGAUACACAGAUCAGCUGUCGUCCUCUCCUGAGGGCUCUCCCUCUUAUUACUCCUACCCAGAGGCGGGGCUCACCUGUCACCAGUCGCCUUCCGACUCCCUCCACGCAGCCGCUGAACAAACCUUUGACCAGGGAGCAUUUGGGGCGCUCGCUGCCCGCUCUCCACUCCCCUCCUCAUCUCCAGCCUAUGAUUUCCAAGCUUGUACAUCUGAUGCUCGAUUAGUUCCAGACUGCCUGUCUGUGUCCGACAUGUGUGAGAGCCCAGUGGACUGUGCCCUGCAUCAAGACGAUUUCAGCCGUCUAGAGCAGCCAGAAGAGAGCAGCCUGGCCCAAGUGCAUCAUGUGCCCCACCACGUGUUGCCUAUACAUUCCAGUCUCCUUACCCCCAGCCAGUCUCCUACAUCCACAGAGCCUAACCAGUACAAUGAGAGGGAGCAGGCAGAGAUCAGUAUUCUGGCACAGCAAAUCUCCUCUCUGGCCAGCAGCUUUGACAUGUAUCACACCCUAAACCCGCUUCAGCCCGCAGCCACCGACGCCCUGCCUUCAGCCUGCGACUGGCCCCAUCACCCUGCUCUCCCUUCAGUCCUCCCUCUUAAACGCGAGGUGGCCCUUGAUGACGGCGUGUUCGACAGCAUCUUGAAAGACCUGGACAUGGUCGGGAGAAAAAGCAGCACGUCCGGCCCUGCUGCUGUGUCGUACAGCUACCAGCAGGAGCCCCUGGGUGUCUCCGCAGCCACCCCGGAGGACCCACUGCCUGCAGAGCAGUUCACUGCCAUGAAUCCCUUCGGUCUGCAGCUGGGACACCAUGACCAAAACACUGGGUUGCAUCAACUCAACCACUAUAUGCAGAGUAGCAUUCAGCAAGAUGAACUUGCUAAAGAAAACCUGUAUUGAAAUAAGUCUGUGACUUACUGUACUACCACUUGUAUGACAUAUUGUCAGGGCAAUCUUCCUUCACUGGAUUCAAAGAAGAAUGUGAGCAAAGACAUUUAAAGGACAUCUUCGCAAAGACACUGUUUCCCCCCCAGAUGACGUAUUUCUGAAUGUAGAAAAGAAUCUAAAGUAGAUUCUGUACUCUUCACGACUACAGCUGUCUUCAUUCCUCUCGACUGCUGUCAACUGUGUUAAAUGUUUUGCUGACGUUUAUGUUUUAUGAAGAAGGUACUUUUAAAACUGUCAACACUUACAUGCUGAAACGGAGGUAUAUUUUUCUUCUAAUACUGAGUGACCACAGUUUACUAUUGAGCACUUUAUCAUGUCAUUGCCACAAGAAUUUUUACAAAUGAGAAGCUGUGCUGUUUAAAGAAACACUACCAAGAUUUCAAAGCUACCUGGAUGGGCUAUAACACAUAAAUCCUUAUAGCAAAGAGCCAUUUUGAAAUACUUGUUUUUAGGUGCCUUAAAAUAUUUAGACAAGACACUUAUCAAUUUGCUAAAUAGUAAUAUUUUCAUUCCUUAUUUUGUACGUGUCUCCUUUUUCUCUCAGUGUGCCAUUAAUGCUUUCGAGCUGUUAGGAAAUAAAGAAAACAACCUCAGUCAGCGAGCAGUGAGAUGAUGACGAUUGUGAAUUCAACUACCUCAGUACAUCUGAAUACAUUCCAAGUCUGAAGUCUAUGAAUUAAUUGUAUUUAUUUGGUAUUGAGCACAUUGACUUAACCUUACUCACUUAACGGUGUGUAUCUUAUGUUCAUUCCUUCCACAUAAAUCUUUUCCCACGGUACUGGAACUGUAAAUGUCUGAAUGUUCAGCGUUGUUGUGUUAUUCCUGCAAUUUUCUUCAAAUGUUUGAAAUUCAAAUAAAUCUAAUAAAAAAAACACAUUGGGUC